AUGUCCACCACCCCCCAAACAACCACCAACACCAAAUACUCCCACCAACUCCUCAUCGGUCUCCAUCUCUACGCCCUCCGCUACGAGCAACUCACCCAAGACACCGCCUCUCCACAACACAACCCCGCCGAUAUCCAGCUUCUCCUCACCGAGAUGGUGAAGCUCGUUAAGAUGAUAAGAACUCGAAAUGUUUCGAGGGAGGUAUUACUUAAGUUUUAUGAGGAACAUGGGGGGGGAUGA